AGGGGAUGGAGUAACUGGGUGAUGGACAUUAAGAGGGCACGGGAUGUAAUGAGCACUGGGUGUUGUAGAAGACUGAUGAAUCAUUGAACUCUACCUCUGAAACUAAUAAUACACUACAUGUUAAUUAAUUGGAUUUUAAUUUUGUUUAAAUGCCAAAAAAAAAAAAUCUAAAAUUCCAUUGAUGUUUUAUCCCCAGUUUAAGUAUUCAACCCUCCCUUAAAAUGUAAGCAAAUCCCAGGAGGGACAAUAGAUUGACCCUUAUGAAUCUUUAGCCUCAAAUCACAGCAGACCCAUUCCUUACCUCCAUCCCCUACAUCUUUUGCGCCAGGUAAACCAGAAUUCACUGCUGGAGCCAACCCUAGGCUUUUUCCAGCCUUCAUUCCUGGAGACUUCUGAGCUUGUUUUUUCUACCUGGGACACUCUUCCCUCUCCUCUUUUUUUAGCUAACUCCCCAGGCUAAAAAUCAGGCUCCAAAUUUGUUCUCCAAGGCAGGCAUAGUCCAUUGGAGCCUUCCCUGACUAUCUGGGUCCCUCCUCCCUGGCAGCCCUUACCCUGGGGUGUUCUCUGGCUUACAGGUUAAGCCUCCAUCAAAGACAGGAGCUGUGUCUUGCUCCUUGUCGAAUCUCCCAUCUGGAACAGUAUCCGACCCAGAGUAGGCUCUGCUUAUGGAGUGAGUGAACGUUUUACUGCCAGUGUGUUUUUUGUGGGGUGGCAGAGGAGGGCUGGAGUGGAAAAGGGAAGAUGCCAGGAGAAAAAGCAGCAAUACGUGAAGAGAGGAGGCCGGGCUCACCGAAGGCAGACUCUUCUGGGUGACAGUUUUGCAAAGGGCCAGAUAGUUGAGAGACAUGCUAAAAUCCUCCUUUACUGUCGUCCCUUAGAAGGUAACUGUAAUUGACUGCUGAAAUAUCAAAUGUAUUGGCACAUUUGAUGCAUUUGCCGGAGUGGUUUUAAAUGACCUGUAUCUCACACAAUAGAAUAGGGCAAAGUUAAAAACCAAGUUUGCUUUAGAUUUGUAUCUGCCACCAUCUGUUGGUUCCCAGAUCCUGGCUUACGUCAUUCUUAUUUUUACAUUAAACAUUACCAGUAAUAAAAACAAAGGAAGGGGGGAAAUAAAAACUCGUGUAGGGAAAUUCUGAUUUCACACAGGCUUGACAGUCUUUUUCUUCUCAGUAAUCCUAGAAACAGAAAACAACAGGAAGAUGUCUUACUGAGAAAGGCCCCCUUUAACUUCACCAUGAGUCAAACACGGAAGAAAAAUUCUUCAGAUGGAGAAACUAAACCCCGGACUUCAUUUGUCAACAAAUUCCUCAGGGGCUCAAAACUUAUGUCCUCCAAAGCUGAAAGCAGAAAAGAGAGCAAUGACCUUGCAACAACUGAUUUCCAACCCAGCAACGACGCACAGAAAACAGCCACUUUAGAUACGGCUCAGCCUCUCACUUCAGACGAGGAAUGGGGAUCCAGGAUGGAGAAAAAUGAGCAGUUCCUGCAGAAGCUGGGCAGAACGGCUGUGGACAAGUGUCUAGAUCUGAAUAACUGCAGACUAACGGCAGCGGACGUGAGGGAAGUGGUUGCUUUGCUGCCUUUUCUCCCAGACUUGGAAAAACUGGAUAUUUCCUGGAAUGAUUCUGUAGGUGGAAACCUCCAUUCAAUCACCCAGCAAAUGCAUCUCGUCAGCAAGUUAAAAAUCCUGAGGCUGGGAAGUUGCAGACUUACCAUGGAUGAUGUUCGAGCCCUGGGAGAAGCACUCGAGGUGAUACUUGAACUGAAAGAGCUGAACUUGUCCUGGAACAGUGAAGUGGGAGGAAAUUUGCCUCUGACCCUCCAGAAGUUCCAAGAAGGGAGCAAGAUACAAACACUUGAGCUUGUGGAUUGUGACCUCACAUCUGAAGAUGGGGCAUUUGUGGGUCAGUUGCUACCCAUGAUGCAAAAUCUCGAAGUCCUUGAUCUUUCCAUUAACAGAAACAUUGGUGCCAGUCUGAACAGUAUUGCUCAGGGAUUAAAAAGUACCUCAAAUCUGAAAGUACUGAAGUUACACUCAUGUGGACUAUCACAAGAGAGUGUCAAACUACUGGAUGCUGCUUUUAGGUCCUUGUGUGAACUGAAGAAAUUAGACCUUUCCUGCAACAGGGAGCUGGGUGGGGGUUUUGAAGACUCAUCAGCUCAGCUGGCCACGUUGGAGCAUCUAGAAGUUUUGGAUCUUCACCAGUGCUCGCUAACGGCAGAUGAUGUGAUGUCACUGACCCAGGUAAUCCCUUUACUCUCGAGUCUUCAAGAGUUGGAUUUAUCUGCCAACAAAAAGAUGGGCAGCUCUUCUGAAAACCUCCUCAGCCGGCUCCGAUUUUUACCAGCACUGAAGUCCUUACUCAUCAACAGCUGUGCUCUGGAGAGUGAGACUUUUACCGCCCUCGCUGAAGCCUCCACUUACCUCCCUGCUCUGGAAAUAUUCGACCUUUCUUGGAAUAAAUGUGUUGGUGGCAACCUGAAGCUGCUUCUGGAAACACUGAAGUUUUUAGGGUCCCUUCGAGUGCUGAGACUGAGCAGCUGUGGCCUGGUGACAGAGGACGUCGCUCUCCUGGCUUCCGUAAUACACACAGGUCACCUGGCCAAGCUACGGGAGCUCGACCUGAGUUAUAAUGACAGCAUCUGUGAUGCAGGAUGGGCCAUCUUCUGCCAAAAUGUGCGGUUCCUCAAAGAGUUGACCGAGCUGGAUAUUAGCCUUCGGCCAUCAACUUCUCGGGAUUGCGGACAAUGGUUUAGACACUUGUUAUGUGCUGUCGCCAAACUUUCCGAGAUCACGGAGAUAGGAAUGAAAAGAUGGAUCCUCCCCACUUCACAGGAGGAAGAACUAGAACAUUUUCACCAAGGUCACAGAUGCAACAUUCACUUUGACCUUGGUGAGUUUCAGUAAGCUGAUUUCCCAAGGCUUAACUAAGCUAUAAACCAUUAUCUGGAGGAGGAAAAGAGCAUGAGUGAAACUUAGUGUAAUCAAAGGAGUAUCAGCUUCUGGGAUGUUUAAUGGGAUUGAUGUUACAAAAGUUUUGUAAAUACGUAUAUGGUAAUCUAAUAUAAGUACAACUUUACUUUCUAAUGACACGUAUGACAUGUUUCCAUGAAGUUUCAUUUAUUUUGGAUAUAUAGUUCACUUACUGUUUAGAAGACCUGCCAAAAAUGUUUAGAUUCUGGUAACACAUUUCCUUUUUUCUUUUUUUUUUUUUUAAGAUUUUAUUUAUUUAUUUGAGAGAGAGAGCACAUGAGAGGGGGGAGGGUCAGAGGCAGAAGCAGGCUCGCUGCCGAGCAGGGAGCCCGAUGCGGGACUCGAUCCAGGGACUCCAGGAUCAUGACCUGAGCCGAAGGCAGUCACUUAACCAACUGAGCCACCCAGGCGCCCCUCCUUUUUUCUUGACCUGGAAUUUUCUGUCUCUUCUUUUCCUACAUGAUAAAUGUUCUAAAUAUAAGCAUGCGUGAAUGUGUGUAUGUGUGAGUGUGUGUGUGAAAUUCUACUGUGAAAGGCACUAGCUAUGAUAGUUUCAUGUUAUCUUUACUAUUACAUGUGUCUUCAUGUAAUCUACUUGCAUUUUUGUCAGAAAGUAUACCCUUCCAUGGUUUAUUAUUUUAUGUUCUGGUGCUUUUUAUCUCAGAUAUAAACCAUGAACGCUAAUAAUGGUCACAGACAUAUAAAUCUUAGUUAAAAGUGGUCAAAACUUCGAAACCCAGUAUCAAAAACACAUCUUAUUAAAACAAAGUAAAAUCUUCUAGUGCUAAAAUAAAAUAACAUUAGCUCUGGGCAUUUUUUGGCAUGGAAUAUUCUAUGUAAAAUCUAUUUAAUUCAUUGAUUAAAGUUUUUGUCUUGUUCUAAGUGAUUUUUGAAAUUUCUGGUUAUCUUUUGCAGGAGCGUGAAACUCAUUACACAGCAGAAGUGUUUGUUUGCUCACACAUUUCUAUUCUGAUACACUCUAAG